GACCAAUUAGUGGGUGUCCCUGCCCUCUUCUCUCCUGCCAGGAAGAGGAGGCAGGCCCGUCGGCCGCCUGUCAGAACCGCGCCCCGCGAUGCUGCUGCGGCUGCUGUGGGUGUCGGUGGCUGCAGCCUCGGCGCUGGCGGCCCCGGCAAGUGGGCAGAGGCGGGGAGCCGGCCAAGCACCCAACGUGGUGCUGGUCGUGAGCGACUCCUUCGACGGAAGGUUAACAUUUCAUCCAGGAAGUCAGGUGUUGAAACUUCCUUUUAUCAAUUUCAUGAAAAAACAUGGCACUUCCUUUCUAAAUGCAUACACCAACUCUCCAAUCUGUUGUCCAUCACGAGCAGCCAUGUGGAGUGGGCUCUUCACUCACUUAACAGAAUCUUGGAAUAAUUUUAAGGGUCUAGAUCCAAAUUAUACAACAUGGAUGGAUAUUAUGGAGAAGCAUGGCUACCGAACACAGAAAUUUGGGAAGCUGGACUAUACUUCAGGACAUCACUCACUUAGUAAUCGUGUGGAAGCCUGGACAAGAGAUGUCGCUUUCUUACUCAGACAGGAAGGCAGGCCCAUGGUUAACCUCAUCGCUAACAAGACUAAAGUAAGAGUGAUGGAAAAGGACUGGAAGGCAACAGACAGAGCCAUAGACUGGUUAAGAAGGGAGGCUGUCAACCACACCGACCCCUUCAUUCUUUACCUGGGCUUGAAUUUACCACACCCUUACCCUUCGCCAUCCUCAGGAGAAAAUUUUGGAGCUUCAACAUUUCGCACAUCCCUUUAUUGGCUUGAAAAAGUAUAUCAUGACGCCAUCAAAAUCCCAAAGUGGCUGCCCCUGUCAGAAAUGCACCCUGUAGACUAUUAUUCCUCCUACACAAAAAACUGCACCGGGAAGUUUACCGAGAAGGAAAUAAGGAACAUUAGAGCAUUUUAUUACGCUAUGUGUGCUGAGGCAGACGCCAUGCUUGGUGAAAUUAUUUUGGCUCUUGCCCAGUUAGACCUUCUUCAGAAAACAAUUGUGCUCUACACCUCAGACCAUGGAGAACUGGCCAUGGAACAUAGGCAGUUUUACAAAAUGAGCAUGUAUGAAGCCAGCGUCCAUGUGCCACUUUUGAUCAUGGGACCGGGAAUUCAGGCCAACCUCCAAGUCCCAGAUGUGGUUUCCCUUGUGGAUCUCUACCCUACCAUGCUGGAGAUCGCUGGCCUACCUCUGCCUCAGAACCUGAGCGGAUACUCUUUGCUGCCGUUAUCAUCCGAGACACCAAGGAACAACGGCAGGUGCAAGCCCCUGCGUCCACCCUGGAUUCUGAGUGAGUUCCAUGGCUGUAACGUGAACGCCUCCACCUACAUGCUGCGAACCAACCAAUGGAAGUACAUCGCCUAUGCUGACGGGGUGGCAGUGUUGCCUCAGCUCUUUGAUCUCUUCUCCGAUCCCGAUGAACUAACCAAUGUUGCUACAAAAUUUCCAGAAAUCACUUCUUCUUUGGAUCAGAAGCUUCGUUCCAUCAUAAACUACCCCAGAGUUUCUGCUUCCGUCCACCAGUACAACAAAGAGCAGUUUAUCUGGUGGAAGCAAAGCAUAGGGCAGAAUUACUCCGACGUGAUCGCUAACCUCAGGUGGCACCAGGACUGGCUGAAAAAACCAAGGAAGUAUGAACGUGCAAUCGACCGGUGGCUAAAACCUACAGCAACCCAAAAACCCCUGAAACAAAAUUGAGAAAAUAAUGUUCCAAACCUACAUGGAAAUAUGUUAAGAUAUCAUGAUUUUUAAAAUAUUUUAUUUGAAGCAUUUUCAAUAAUUACUGCAUUAAGGAUGCUUUUAUGCUUUAAAAUGCCAAUGAUUAAUCACAUCUUUCCAAAAAAAUUGUUAUUAAGACCGAUUGUCACCAAGUUCCAUCAAGUUCAUGGAAGCACAGAGAGAAUCAGAACAAAUUUUAUAAUAUAAAGGUUGUGUUCCUUGAAUAAUACAGAAUAUAAACUAUUUUUUAAAGAUUUAU